UCCCGUUUGAGUAUAUGUAUCAUAUAUAGUUUACCCUAGAAAGAUCGAUGGGUUCGAAGACAAAGAUAGCGUUACUUAUCCCAGGUCUGUUGGCCAUGUUCAUUUCGAUUUCCCCAAAGGUGGCAAUGGCAGCUAGGAAUUUUGAAGAGGGAAAAUUUGUUGAAGAGAGAAAUGAAGCGGGUGAUGGCAGAUUAGUAAAUGAUGUUAAAAUACCAGACAUAGGUAAUAGAGGUUUUGGUGGCAUUACAGGCACUGGCAUCCCAGGCACUGUUGAUAUAAUCCCAGGCAUUCUCAGUAGCAUCUCAGGAAUAUUCCCAGAUAUUAUCGGUUUCAUCCCAGGUAUUACCGGUGGCAUCUCAGGUAUCAUCCCAGGUAUUGUUGGUGCCAUCCCAGGUAGUAAUGGUUUCCUCCCUGGUAGCGGCAGCAGUGGCAUCCCAGGCAUCGGCAGCGGUGGCAUCCCAGGUAUCAGUGGUGGCAUCGGAGGCAUCAGAGGUGGCAUCCCAGGAAUCGGUGGUGGCAUCUAUAGUGGUGGCUAUCCAGGUCAAAGAGGAUAUAGAGGAGGAUUUCGUUGCCCUUAUGGCUGUUGUGCUUGGACCAAUGGAUAUUGCACAAGUUGCUGCACAAUAUGAGGAUUUCACCUCUACUUUUUUUUUUUCUUUAAUCAACUAAAUAAAUCUCUUUUAACA